GUCCCGUGAGUUAAGGGGGCCUGGGUCGAGCGUCGCGCGGUGCAUCAUGGUUAUCGUGACGUCCAUUCGUUCUUUCCUCUUUGUAUUGGUAGUAAGAACACGUCAGUGAAAAUGGUUGAAAAGUCGCCUUCAUCCACCGCUGUCGGGGCCGGGAGAUCGCCUUCUAAGGCUGUUGCUUCUCGGGGUUCUUCUGGUGGCCAGCUCAGACAAAGGAAAGCUGGUGGUAGCACAGCAAGCCGCACCACAAGACCAACAGCAGCCAGCAGCAGUGGCAUGUGGAGAUUUUACACAGAAGACUCACCUGGACUCAAAGUAGGACCUGUUCCUGUGUUGGUCAUGAGUCUUUUAUUUAUUGCAUCAGUUUUUAUGCUUCACAUCUGGGGCAAAUACACCAGAGGCUGAGAAUAGUUUCUUCACAUCUCUUUUCAUGUCAUUUCCCAGAAUCCCCAGCAGUACAUUCAGACAUGGAUAUUCUCCAUCAUAUUAUCCCAACCAAAACACUAAUUCAAGCAACACCUCCCAAUUACUACCUAGGAAAUACUUCAUUCUGGUAGAUUUUAUGGUUUGUAAAUCAAAUUGCAAAUAACAAUUUAUUUUAUGUCAAUAUCCAUUGUAAAACGAAAUGUCAAUUAAAGUCAGUACAUUCUUUGA